AUGCCGAAGCACCACCGCCCUAGCCGCCUGCGCCGUUUCCUCACCGCCGCCGGGGCUGCUUCCGUCGCUACUAUUGUGCUUUUCGCCGGACGCCAGGCGGUACUCUCCCAUGGCCCCAUCUUCUCGCCGGGCCACUUCCCCGGCGGCCUCGCCGUCGAGAGCUGGCCGAUGCCUCGGGACCUGCUUCGCCCGCCGACCUUCCUCUUUUCGCAGCCGUCGGAAGCCGACAUCGAUUUUGCCCUCCCGCGUCGCCUGUUGCCGCUCCGCACCCACUCGCCGCCGCAGCACAACGCGGAUGCUGUCUUCCUCCCCGAUGUAUCGGAUGCCGCGUUCCUCCCUGAUUCCGACGCCGUCUUGCUCCUUGACUCCGAGGUCCUGGUCCUGGCCGACGAGCCUGUGGACGACGCGAUGUGUGCCUUCCAAGGCGGUGCCUCGUCCCCGGCGCGUGCUCUCGGGACGCUGUCAGGGCCCGGACGCCACGCCUACCUCUGCGCCAUGCCUGAAAUAGAGCAGAGCAUCCAGCCGCUACAAGCGCCCCUGCUGCUUUCCUCCUCCUCCGCUGACUCCCCCGCCGCCGCCGCUUAUCUCCCUGUCCGCCCGAUGCUCAACUGGAGUAACCGGCUAGUCUUCGACUCUGCUGUUCUCGACGGAGGCGACGUUCUUGUCUUCGCGAAAGGUGUCAUCCGCCGCCAAUGGGCAAACACAGCCAACCCCCCCGUCCAGUGCGUGUACCGUGGCCGUGAUGAUGGCGCGCCGGCCUCCCUCCCAGCCAUCACUGCGGCGCAACAAGUAGCCAGGUGCCCCCCUCCACCGGCUUUUCUAACUUCCAGCAACACCCAGCUCCGAGUCACACUGUCUGUCACCGGCGAGGAGCCCAUCCCCUCCCUUGCGAUAUACCGUCCACAACAAAGUGACCUUGCAGCAGUAGCACCACCUACGAGAAACAAUAUCUGUGCCUGCACAAUGGUGCGCAAUGUCUCAAAGUUCCUCCGCGAGUGGGUACUGUACCAUGAUGCUCUGGGGGUUGACCAAUUUUUCUUGUACGACAAUGGAAGCGAGGAUAAUUUGGCGGGUAAGGUGGCUGAGCUGAGGUCCACAGGAGUCAACAUUUCCACCGUGGCCUGGCCUUGGACGAAAACGCAGGAAGCUGGCCUUUCCCACUGCGCCGCAGUGCACCAAGCAUCUUGCCAGUGGAUGGCGUUCGUUGAUGUCGAUGAGUUCAUCUUUUCUCCGGACUGGAAAAAUGUGGAGAAUCCAUCAAAGUCCAUGCUUGAAGCAGUUGUCUCGGUUGACCCACACAUUGGCCAGAUCUACCUCCCCUGCUUCGAUUUUGGUCCCUCGGGUCAAACAGCACAUCCGCAGGAGGGUGUUUGUCAGGGCUAUACCUGUCGGUUGAAGACCCAGCAACGGCACAAGUUCUUCGUCCGUCUUGACGCUGUGGAACCUUCCCUGCAGAACUCUGUACACCACUUCUCGCUCAGAUCUGGUUUCACUAACAUGUGGACCAGGCUGGCGCGCAUCAACCACUAUAAAUAUCAAGCGUGGACAGAAUUCAAGUUGAAGUUCAAAAGACGUGUUUCUGCAUAUGUAGCUGACUGGACUGAUCCGGUGAACCUGAAGUCCAGUGACCGAGCUCCUGGUUUAGGAGUUGAAGCCGUCGAACCACCUGGUUGGGCUGACAAAUUUUGUGAGGUAAAGGAUACUGUUAUGCAGGAAUUGAGUGUAAGAUGGUUUGGUACUGGAUUCGCAGGCCAUGGAUCGUCCAAGUCGAAGGGUUCCCAUGAAACCCACACAGGUUAUUGCGUUAGUUUUUGCAGGUUCUUGGCGCACUUCUGUUGGCGCUGGCUGUUCUUCUGGGUGCAGUUGCGUUUUGGUGGGCGCUGUUACAAGUUUACUGAGGGACUGCCAUUGUCAGGGAGCGAAGCGUCCCACCUGAGCUUCUUUGCUCAGCCAUCGGUACACACAGUUGCCACCGACUAUAUCCUUGCCAUCCAAGAGAUUCUGGGCUGCUGUGUCGAGGGCUUCCCGCAGAUCAACCUGGGGCUGCAACUGUCAGCUGAGAAGCUCACCCUGGCUACCUUCUCACUGCUGGUCGCGCUUUUGAUCAACUCAGUGCUUGAUGCCCUUGUGAACUGCAUGGACACGGUGUUCCUCCCUCCCGCGCUGCUGCACAUCCUCGAAGGGCUGCCCUGUGACUUUCUGUGGAACGCUCUGGAUCAUCCCUCUGGAGCCAAGUGCCUGGUAGCCUGGCAGCAGGUGUGCCGUCCCAAGAAGGAAGGCCGCCUGGGCAUUCGUUGUCUCUUCAAGCAAAACCGGUCCCUGCAGCACCACCGUGCAGUUGCCACCGACUAUAUCCUUGCCAUCCAAGAGAUUCUGGGCUGCUGUGUCGAGGGCUUCCCGCAGAUCAACCUGGGGCUGCAACUGUCAGCUGAGAAGCUCACCCUGGCUACCUUCUCACUGCUGGUCGCGCUUUUGAUCAACUCAGUGCUUGAUGCCCUUGUGAACUGCAUGGACACGGUGUUCCUCCCUCCCGCGCUGCUGCACAUCCUCGAAGGGCUGCCCUGUGACUUUCUGUGGAACGCUCUGGAUCAUCCCUCUGGAGCCAAGUGCCUGGUAGCCUGGCAGCAGGUGUGCCGUCCCAAGAAGGAAGGCCGCCUGGGCAUUCGUUGUCUCUUCAAGCAAAACCGGUCCCUGCAGGUGAAGCUGCUACACCACCGGCACUCUGAGAGCGCCCUGCCCUGGUCGAGGUUGUUGUAG